CUUCCUUCCUCCCCUUGUCAUCCCUUGACCGGUAUCUGUCGCUUCUCGAGCCAAAUAUAAAUUGGCGCUCUGAUCGUCCUGUUGCCAUCUACCCUCAGACAUCAGCAUUCUCAGUUACCUCCAGAGUUUUGGCGCUCCUAAACCUACCCCUGAAGGCAAAUUGAGUGCAUCCCACAUUCUCGGAAGUUUCCGACUACCGGCAAAAAUCGACAAAUGGAUCGAGACCAAUUCAGAACGGCGGCUCACUCAGCCAUAGAUGACAUCAUCAAUUACUUUGACGGCCUGCCAUCGCAGCGCGUCGUGCCCACGGUCGAACCUGGGUACCUGCGUCCCUUGAUUCCUGAGAAUCCACCCGAGGAGCCGGAAGAAUGGUCGCAGAUUCAGGCCGACAUCGAGAACAAGAUCAAGCCGGGGUUGACGCACUGGCAGUCGCCUAACUUCAUGGCGUUCUUCCCGGCCACCGUCACCUAUCCCAGCAUCCUGGGUGAAAUGUACUCUGCGGCUUUCACGGCUCCGGCGUUCAACUGGCUCUGCUCGCCGGCCUGCACGGAGCUGGAGACGAUUGUCAUGGACUGGAUGGCGCAGGCUCUGGGGCUUCCCGAGUGCUUCCUGAGCACGUCCGAGAAUCGCGGAGGUGGUGUCAUUCAGGUGACUGCUAGCGACACCAUUGCCACUGUGAUGAUUGCCGCCCGGGAGCGACGUGUGUAUGAGCAAGUACGCGCCGAAGGCUUGAAGGAAGGUACGGUCGAAUUUGAGGACCGAUUGAUGGAUCUGCGACCGAGGCUGGUUGCGCUGGCAAGCAACCAAGCGCACAGCAGUACUGCUAAGGGCGCUCUGAUCGCCGGAACCCGGUUUCGCAGCGUCACUGCGAGAUUGGAAGAUAACAUGGAGAUGACUGGCGAGGGCUUGCGAGCCGUGUUGGAGCAGUGCGACAAGGACAAUCUCACGCCUUACUAUAUCACGCUUGGGAUGGGCACAACGAACUCGUGUGCUCUUGAUCGCUUUGCCGAGAUCAAGGCUGUUUUGCGAGAGAAGCCGUCGUGGCAGAAGAUCUGGGUCCACAUUGAUGCUGCCUAUGCCGGUGCGGCUCUGGUGGCCGAUGAAUGGCAGUAUAUUGCCAAAGACUUUGCAGAGGGUGUGGACAGCUUCAACAUGAACAUGCACAAGUGGCUACUUGUGAACUUCGACGCUAGUCUCCUGUUCGUUCGGAACCGGAAUGAUCUCACUGAUGCCCUCGACAUUACACCCGCUUACUUGCGCAACCCAUACUCUGACGCCGGAACAGUCAUCGAUUACCGGAACUGGUCCAUCUCGCUCGGACGACGAUUCCGUGCGCUCAAGAUUUGGUUUGUCGUGCGCAGCUACGGUCUGAACGGGAUGAAGGCCUUUAUCCGCCGGACCAUUAAAAUCGGCGAAGUGUUCACCGAUCUGGUCUGCAGCCGAUCCGACCUUUUCGAGAUCGUCACCAAACCCGCCUUCUGUCUGACCGUACUGCGAGUCAAGAACCCGAGUGCCGCUGUCACGAACGGAGAGUCGUCUAUCACCCAGCCUGACGAGAAGGCAAACGCGUUGACCAAGGAGGUUUAUGAGCUGAUCAACUCGCGUGGAGAGAUCUUUAUUACUUCGACUGUGAUUGCGGGUGUUUACUCCAUCCGCGUGGUCAGCUCAAACGAACAAGCUGACGAGAAGUAUAUCCGUCGGGCUUUUGAGAUUCUCGUCCGGACAACGGAGGAGGUUUUGCAACAAUAGAGAUGAUGCAUGCAUAAACUUUGCAUAAAUUUUGUUUGAUGCCGUGAGUCUAGAUAUAUAUUACACGUUUAGAUUGUUGGUGCAUGCCUUAUGAUUGAUUUGCUAUGAAAAAAUGUCAUUUGAAAGAUUUCCCUAACAGACUUUCGCGAAU